CUGUCAGCAUUCGCACAGCGCAGGGUUGCAUGCGAUAGCCCAGAGUUGCACUGCAGUGCACGAUAUAUAUCACCGGCAAUCGAUAGUUAUGCGCAGUGCGUAUCGUUUCUGGCGCACUAUACAACACUGAACAAAGUCAAGAUGUCAAAACAAUUUGGCUUAAUCAUACCGGGUCAGCAGAAGAAGCAGCUGGCUGUAACACGACCAACACCAGCUUCCCGGCCAUCGGUCUUCGAUGAGAGCAGCAACAGUGCAAGUGAUGAAGAUGUCGCCGGUCCGCCGCAAAUGCGUGCGAAUCCCAAGGCAGGAGGCGUUGUUGUCAGCGGGCCAAGUUUGAUGGAGCGACGUGUGGCACGCAACAUUCAAGCGAAAGCCUUGGCCGAAGAUCCAACCAUCUUUCAGUAUGACGAACUGUAUGACGAUAUGGACAGCAAGCGUGAGGAGGCGAAAGAGACGAAGAAAAAGGAACCACGUAAGGCCAAAUACAUCAGUCGCCUCAUGGAGCAUGCGGAACGUCGCAAGCUGGAGAAUGAGUUGCGUAUCGAGCGACAAGUGCAAAAAGAUCGCGAGGCCGAGGGUGAAAAGUUCAAGGACAAAGACACCUAUGUAACAGCCGCGUAUCGCAAGAAAUUGGAGUCCAUACGACAGCUGCAGGAGCAGGACGAGCGUGAUGAGUACUUGGAGGCGAUUGGCGAUGUCACAAAACAAAAGGAUCUCGAUGGUUUCUAUCGUCACUUGUAUGAGCAGAAAUUGGGUGGCCAACAACCAAAGCCAAAACCGCCAGCUGGCCCAACAGAAGAUGCUUCGAGUUCGGGCAGCAAGCAGCGCAGUUAUCGCAAGCGUCGUGAGUCAGCAGAGGAGGAACAACAGUCAACAGCAGAGGCAGCCGAGAAAACAGUGGGCAACGAUUCAACAAAACCAGGCAACAGCAACAACAAAGCGCAUUUGGCCAACAACAUUGAUGCCGACUCCGAUUUCAGCAUAGACGAGUCUAGUGACGAGGAGACGGAGAAGAAAGAGGAACAGUCCAAGGCAGCAGUUGCUUCUGAAGAUGCGAAACACAAGACAAAGCCAAAGACAGUGACAGAAAAGUCCAAAUCAAAAGAGGAAUCGCCUGCAACAGAAAGCGAAGUUAGCAAUGGCAGUGGAAACAAGGAGACGGAGAAGGAGCAGGAGAAGCACGAGGAGCCAGAGCCAAGCAAAGUGGCAAAGGCGACAGUGGAUCGCACGAAAAUCUGGCGUAAGCGCACAGUGGGCGAAGUUUUUGAUGCAGCUUUGGAACGCUAUCAUCAACGCAAACUUGCGCGACGCGCUUAAACAUAAGUUUGCAAUUAAACGAACACUAUGUUAAUUUAAAAUAGCGAGUACUUUAUAUAUAAGAAAUGACUUUAUUUAUGCGCAUAACUUAUGCAGGCUCUUUUUUUGUUGUUUUUUGUUUCUUUAUUGCCAAGAGGCAUUUGCAUAGCCUAGAAAACAAGACGAGCAACGAAAGAUAUUCCAUUUAUUCUGUAUGCAGCGGCAAGACAAAAACAAAAUAUCAACCUAACAAAGCAAAAGAUGGUUUUCUUUUUUUUUGUACACUUGCU